CCUAGCUGUUAUUGUCUAGCUAUGUCCACUGUAGGUAACCUACACAACCUGGAUCAGCAAGUAGAGUCAACACCCAAGGCAUCCAACCCUGUCUUUCAGCCACGAUGCAAUCGAACACCUCUCUCACAGCUGAACAAAAGCGAGCAUGUGUGGCGUGAUUCCAGAACCUACGCUCGAUCCGCCAUCCAAGCAUUAGAGCUUAAAAAGCAACAACAACAAGAAAACAUGCAACGAUCUCGUAACCCUCCUGCAGCAGCGGCAAAACCUAGUCUCCAUGGAGAAGAUAAAUGGGUUAAGGCUUACACUAAGGCAUUUCCUACAUUUAAAAUCUAUUUUGAUGGCAUGGAAAAUUCAACUCGCAAGCGUCUUGAAGAGAAAGUCAAGCUACUUGGUUCUAGCGUUGAGCAGUUUUUUUCUGCCAAAUGCACCCAUAUUGUCACUGGGCGACCUGUGCCUGAUGAGGUAAAAGCUGCUACAGCCAGAAAGAUGGCAGAUGUCGGUACAGAAGCGAAAAACCAAGAAAACAUACCAGACAAUGAAAAUGGAGAAUUCUUUGGCCAAACAAGGAUGCAAAGGAGUAGCAAGCCGGCUUUGACUCUCAAAAAAGCAGACAACGUUAGCAGGGAUGGCGAUAUAUUCGAGAUAGCUCAUAAGCAUAAGAUAAAAAUUUGGAGUGUCGACAAACUUCAGAAUCGCAUACUGCCAUUGUUAUUCGAUGGCCCUCUGCAGCGAGAUUUACCUAAUGAUUCUGUAGCACAUCGUCCCAUACCACAAGAACUUCCGCGAAUGCUUCAAGAGGAAAAAGUUUUUGGUCCCAGUACCAGUAAACGAGGCGAACACCAAGGCCCCAAUUUUGUACGUUUCAGUAGUCACUACGUGUUCGUCGAGGAUGUCACAGGCUCGUAUCGCCCUAUUGUGGUAAAGGAAUAUCCCAAGACGGAACAAUCCAAAACCACGCCAUCCUGGCCAAUACUACGUCGAAACAAGCCCGGUAGAAGCCCAUUUAUGAAAGAACAUUCAUCCGACAACAGGGAUCCGGAACCAGAGAAAAAGGCUGAAGCAGCUGAAGAAGUCUCUUCAAAAGCUACUAGCAAUGCCAGUCGAAAACCCCUAGCCGUUCAUAAACCCAGUGCUUCGCUAAGAGCAUUGAAUAGCCAACAAGUGGAAAAACUUGAAGAUGGUAACAGUGCUCAAGCUGAUACUAGAGCAUCCAUUGGUAUGCCUAGCUUCAGUGCUUCAGGAAUACAUCAAUUUGGCACGUCAAGGAUCGUUUCGACGUCAGGAUCAGCGGUUCAUGGUUUACCACAACCACUUCCUCCCACUGAAAACAUCAACCGGCUUGAUAGACGUGUUGUCAACAAUGCAAAGCCCAGUGUAGCCUCAUCACAUAUAACUACCAAGCCCGUACCAGGCGACCAAAGUGUGGCAGCACAAGGAGCCAAGCUUCGAAACGCUAAACGACAUAAAGGCGCAUCUGGUAAACGACGACCUCCACCAAAAAAUUACUGCGAAAACUGCCAGCAACGCUUCUAUAACUUGAAACAACAUAUCAAAGACCCAAAGCACCAAGAGUAUGCAAAGAAUGCAGAUAACUUUGCAGACCUUGACAAGAUCAUUGAAUUGACUCGACGGCGAUAUAAAGUCGAAUACUCAUCGAGUAAGACUGACGAACGGUCAGAAGUCAUAGAUGGUCCUUUGCCUGAGCGCCAAGCUCAGGAGUCACAAGAACCUGAGCCGAGCAGCUCAUUUGUAGUGGACGACAGCUGGGAAAAGUUUGCGGAUAUUGUGUGGUAGCCUUUUUUCUCGGUUUUCAGUGCUAAUACCCCCCCUUCCUUUACCUAUCAUGCAUCAUAUAUCUUGUUCUGCUUCAAUGUACUUUCCUCUUUCGUAUUCAUCAACCUGUCCCUUUUCGACCCUUGUACCUAUAACAUUGCCUUCACGAUCAAUAAAUCGUAAUAAUCAAAAUA